UAUCUUUAUAUCCAAAAACUAUAAAGAUCAGAUUUUUAAGCUUAACAACUAACAAUGGCCGCUGCUGCUGUGAUUUCCGUGGUGGUUCAGCUGUUGGGUUCUCUUCCUCUAGAAAUGAUAAUCAAAGAAGUAAGCUUGCUUAACAAUGUCCAAACCCGAGUUGAAAAUUCCAAGAGAAAACUAAGGUCCAUUAAAGCUGUACUCCAAGACGCCGAUAACAGAAGAUGGAGUACUAACAGUAGUCAAAGUGUCAAACUUUGGCUCGAGAUGCUUGAAGAUGACUCUCAAGAGAUUCUUAACGUGCUCGAUAGAUGGAACACUCUAAUUCUCAGAUCCCAAAUCGAGAAAGAUAUCGAAUUGUUGGAAUUUGGAAAGCAGAGCAGCAAGGUCAGUCGAUUCAUCUUUUCUUCUUCUUCUUCUUGCUUUUGUUAUUUCCCUAAAGUUGAAAAACUGAUUUCACACCGUGAGAUUGUUCGUCAAAUUGAGGAAAUUGAAGAGAAAUUAACUAUUGCUGCUAGUCAAAUUGGUUCAUUAGGUCUAAUAGAGAACAUAACAAGACUCAAUAAUACUAGUCGUGGGAGAUUAGAGACUACUUCCUUUGUUGAUGAGGUUGAAAUUCAUGGUCGAGAUAUGGAUGAGAAGGCCUUAUUAGAAAUGUUAAUGUUAGAUUUUGGACCACUAGAGGUGAUUUCUGUGGUGGGUAUGGGUGGACUUGGCAAGACUACUCUUGCUCAAUUAGCAUUUAAUAAUGAGGAAGUUAAGAAUCACUUUCCCAAGAAAAUUUGGGUAAGUGUUUCUGAGCCAUUUGAUCUACUCAACAUUGCAUCAGCAAUUAUUGAAAACCUUCUUAAAGAUUAUGAUCAUCAGUCUCCAAUAAUAACUGAGGAGAAAGAUGAGGAAAUGAGUAGUAGUAGUAGUAAUGUGGCCCCGAAAUUUCAAACCUUACAAGCAGCGCUUAAUUGGAUCACUAGUCGUCUAGGUAGAACUCGAUUUCUUCUAGUGCUAGACGAUGUAUGGAAUGAAGAGUAUAGUAAAUGGGAGCCAUUAGAGAUAAGUUUGAAGAAGUUAGAACGAGUUGGGAGUCGAGUACUUGUUACCACGCGAAAGGAGAGUGUAGCGCGUUUGAUGGGAACCAAAUUUUCCCAAAUUAUUAAGUUGAAAGAGUUGAGCCAGAAAGAGUGUCAAUUGAUAUUUGAAAGACAUGCCUUUAAGGAUAGAAGAAGUGAAGAAAUCGAAGAAUUGAGGGAUAUAGGUGCUCAAAUUGUGAGCAAGUGUAAAGGGUUACCUCUUGCAGCAAAGACUUUGGGUGGUCUUAUGCGUUUCAAGGGAAGUAGACAAGAAUGGGAGGAUGUUUUGUGUAGUCAUUUGUGGGAGUUAAAUGUUCGUGAAGUUGAGCAAUAUCUCUUUGGUCCAUUGCUAUUAAGUUAUAUUGACUUAUCUUCUUUAGAAAAACGUUGUUUGUUACAUUGUGCCAUAUAUCCAAAAGAUCAUUUCAUUGAUAAGACACAACUGAUUCAAUUGUGGAUGUCAGAAGGGUAUCUAAAUUCAGAAGAAGAAGGUUCGAAUGUCUUUCAGAAUUUAAGUAUGCGAUCUUUUUUUCAAGAUUUUCAAGAGGUAGAAGAAGAUGUAUUCGAUGAUGGUAAUGUGGUUUGUAAGAUGCAUGACAUAUUACAUGACUUUAUUCAAUAUUUGACAAAAAGAGAGUAUGAGAUUGUAGAAGCUUUUAUCAUUAAUUUAGAUGGUAAUCAGAGGAGGAGGCUCAGGAGAUUCGAACUUGGUGAUCAAAGAAUCCGACAUUUGACCAUAACAUUAGAAUCUGAAGCUCAAUUUCCUAAUUUGAAAUUGAGUAGUGACAAUAAAAAGUUUUUGCACACCUUUCUUAUUUUAAGGCAGGGAAAGAGCAGUGCUGUAUGUGUUGAUAGCUCUGUGUUUUUGAGUUUAAAACAUCUUCGCAGUUUAAACUUGUCGAAUUGUGGGCUCAAGAGUUUGCCAGAGAAUAUUGGGAGCUUGAUACAUUUGAGAUAUCUUGAGGUUACAAACAAUCCUUUGGUGAAAUUACCAGACACAAUUUGUGACUUGUGCAACUUGCAAACAUUUAGAUUGGAGCAUGGCUGUCCAUCACUGCUAGAGCUACCCGAAGGCAUUGGGAAGUUAGUGAACUUAAGGUUUUUGUAUCUUGGAGGCUGCAGCCGUUACGAUUUCAAAGGAUUACCAAAAGGUCUUUCGAAGCUUACUUCGCUGAGAAUUUUAGAUUGGUUUCAGAAUCCCAAAAACAGCACAAAGUACUUAACUCUCAGAGAGUUGACGACAAUGGCGAAUUCGAACAAUCUCAAAAUUAAUCUGAUGGCUCUUCGUUCGCAUGAUGCUGCUGCUGCUGCUUCUGAUGAGGGUCAUAACAAGAUGGAUCUAACCACUUUGGGAAGCAUUUAUGAACUUGUCAUAUACCCAAACAUGAUGACAAAUGAUCCCCAUGAUGUUGGAUUAUUUGAGUUUAUCAAACCUCAUCCAAAGUUGAAAGUUUUAAUACUAAGAAAAUGUAGCAGAAUCCAAACAUUCUCUCCAAAAUGGUUAAAGUCCUUAACUUUAUUGCGUGAGAUUGAAUUCUAUCGUUGCUAUUCCUUAGAGACAUUAACUCCAGCUAUUGGAAAACUACCUUCUCUAGAGACACUCCAUUUCUGGGGCUUACACAUCAAAAACAUGGGGCCUGAAAUUCUGGGGAUAGCAGAAGAACAAGUUACUCCUCUAUACCCCAGGCUUAAAGUGCUCAAAUUUACAAGCGCGGAAAAUUGGUUGGAGUGGAAAACAGAUGCACCUUGUUGCGAUGUAACGAUCAUGCCUUGUCUCCAAUCCUUACAUUUUAGCUAUUGCAAAAGACUUCAAGUACUACCUGGCUUCCUUCAUAACGUGCCUUUACAGUUUAUUUACAUAACAGAAGCAGAAAUUCUUGAGAAGCAUUGUCGAGUUAGGGACAAGAAUGAGUGGCCCAAAAUUUCUCACACCAAAAAUAUCCUCCUCAAUGACAUCCAUGUACAAAAGGAUGGUUGUUACUUUGGAGAUUGAAUUGGUUUCCACUACCCCAUCUUGAGUCUUCACUACUUCAGAUUCUAAGGUAGUUACUUGUUUGUAUUGGAACCUAGCCAUUGGUAGAAAUGGUUCAUCUCAACACUUAGUUAAAACAGAUAAAGCAAUGGCUUAUUGCACAACUUGGAUUGAGCCUCACCAACACUUAUAUAUAGGUCUCAACGCUCUCAAGUCUCUCGAAUGCUCAUACUGCAGAAUUCAGAGAUAACUUAGCGAGAGAUUGUCCGAGAUUUACUGAGUGUAUGUGUGGAGGGUUAUAAUGGGCGUAUCAUUCUUGAAGUGAUUUCCCUCGACGUGAGAAACUUUGUAAUAGUUGAUUGUGAAUGUAAUCUUUUAGACAUAAUUAAGUGUGUAAUGCUAACUAUUCUUAUUAAUAAA